CGUCCGGAGGGCCUAGGUCCCUGUGUGGUGCCCGGUGCCCGGCCUGAGCCCCCGCACUCAGCUCCCCAUUCUCGCCCGGCGCCCUCUGGCCGCUCUCGGGGCACACGGAAUAGUACAGAAACAGAGGACGCAAAGGCUGGCCCGGGCCCUGUUUGGAUCACUUGUCCCGGUUGCCUGAGCCUGAGCAAUGACCGCUGAGUCGAGGGAGGCCUCAGGUCUGUCCCCCCAGGCUGCACAGGAGAAAGAUGGGAUCGUCAUCGUGAAGGUGGAAGAGGAUGAUGAGGAUGAGCAGGCAUGGGGGCAGGAGGGCCUGCAGGACGCACCUCCUCCUGACCCAGAGGUGUUCCGACAGCGUUUCCGACGCUUCUGUUACCAGAACACUUUUGGCCCCAGAGAGGCGCUAAGUCGACUGAAGGAACUUUGCCAUCAGUGGCUACGACCAGAAAUAAACACCAAGGAGCAGAUACUGGAGCUGCUGGUAUUGGAGCAGUUCCUUUCCAUCCUGCCCAAGGAGCUCCAGGUGUGGCUGCAGGAGUACCGGCCCGACAGCGGAGAGGAAGCUGUGACCCUCCUGGAAGAUUUGGAGCUAGAUCUGUCUGGGCAGCAGGUCCCAGGUCAAGUUCAUGGGCCUGAGAUGCUCGCCCGGGGGAUGGUGCCUCUGGAUCCUGUUCAGGAGUCCUCAAGUUUUGACCUUCACCCUGAGGCCACCCAGUCUCAUUUCAAGCAUUCAUCUCGGAAACCUCGCCUCUUGGAGUCCCGAGCUCUCCCUGCCACCCACGUUCCUGCCCCUCACCCCCAAGGGAGUCCCAGAGACCAGGCGGUGGCAUCUGCACUAUUGACAGCAGAUUCCCAGGCAAUGGUGAAGAUCGAGGACAUGGCUGUGUCCCUCAUCCUGGAGGAAUGGGGCUGUCAGAAGCUGGCUCGGAGAACUCUCAGUAGGGACAGCAGGCAGGAGAACUGUGGGAAGGUGUUUUCCCAGGGCUGUGAAAACAGGACUGACAAUGAGGAGUCAACAUACAAGAGUGAAGUCACAGAAAACUCCAUGGUACAGGGGGACACAGUAGGAAGACCCCAGAAAGAGUUCGGAGAGAAACGUGAACAUCAGGGCAGAGUUGUCGAAAGGCAGCAGAGAAACCCUGAGGACAAAACGGGCAAAGAGAAGAGAGAAAGCGGGCUGGCUACAGCCAAGGAGAAGAAGGCCAGCGUGGGAGAGAGGGGCCCCCGGGAGAAGGGCAAAGCGCUGGGAAGAAGUUUCAGCCUGAGUUCCAACUUUCAGACCCCCGAAGAUGUCCCACCAGGGGCAAAGGCCCACAGGUGUGAUGAGUGCGGGAAAUGCUUCACCCGAAGCUCCAGCCUUAUCCGCCACAAAAUCAUCCACACAGGAGAAAAGCCCUACGAGUGUGGCGAGUGCGGGAAAGCCUUCAGUCUCAACUCGAACCUUGUCCUGCAUCAGCGCAUCCACACAGGAGAGAAGCCCCAUGAAUGUCACGAGUGUGGCAAGGCCUUCAGUCACAGCUCCAACCUCAUCCUGCACCAGCGCAUCCACUCGGGGGAAAAGCCCUACGAGUGCAAUGAGUGCGGGAAGGCCUUCAGCCAGAGCUCGGACCUCACGAAGCACCAGCGCAUCCACACGGGCGAGAAACCCUACGAGUGCAGUGAAUGCGGCAAAGCCUUCAACCGAAACUCCUACCUGAUUUUGCAUCGGCGAAUUCACACCCGAGAAAAGCCCUACAAAUGUACCAAGUGUGGUAAGGCCUUCACCCGCAGCUCCACCCUCACCCUGCAUCAUAGGAUCCAUGCACGGGAGCGUGCCUCUGAGUACAGUCCUGCCUCCCUGGAUGCAUUUGGAGCGUUCCUCAAAAGUUGCGUGUAAGACAAGAAUCUGUCAUCAAGCCGUUUUCCCCCUUUCAUGUCUAAAAUUAUGUCAGAGGUGUGUGCCCAUGGAAGAGAAAACAAAAAAACAAAACAGCUUAGACAGAUUGUUGUUGUUGUUGUUGUUGUGUUUUCAAAGUCCCACGGAAGGAUCCUUUGAGUGAAGAUCAGAAGUGUCUACUUUGCGUGUGUAGGCAGCAGCCACACCCUGGCAAGGAAAAGCUGGUUGUAAAGAUACUCCAGUGUGGCCAUGGGGCUAUUUCCACACAAGAUAAGCACACACAGUAAAACGUCAAGUUUUCCAGCACCAAGGAUACUUUUGAAGGACCCCGGCAGCAAUCACAACAUAUAAUUGACAGAUCAGAAUUGGCCCUGCCCAUGGAACACUGAGGUCAAGGAGCCAUUUGCUGCAAAUGCCCUGUGUCUUCUUCAAAAAGAGAGGGACAAGCAAAACAAAAACUACAUUGGGCCAUGCUCCUCAGGCUAGUUACAUUAUCUGAUCGCCGGUAGCCUGCCAAAGCUGUAGAAAUCCAGGACUGUGCCGAUGAGUAUCAAACCAAAGAUUUCUGUCUCUUCUGGGAAGAGAGAGAUGGGCGCCAAUCUACAGUUCCAAAGGACUGCCGCAGUGUAGCUGGUUCUAUCUGCUUGGACCUCAGUCUGCCCACACAGCAGCGGUGACUCAACACGCUUCCUCAUGUCCAAAAUGCAUUUCUCCACAAGCGAGCACUUGAUUGUACACUGGCUCUUAAUCCUUCAUUGGAAGUUUUUAUCAUUACCCCUUCCCUUCCCCCCACUCCCCAAAAUAUUUUGGUUGUCAAGAAAACAGCCCAGCACUGGACUUAGUGCUGAACACAAGGCACUCCUUAUGACUCGACUCCCAGCAAGACUUCCACACUUAAGAGAAAGCCCCGUGAAUCCUGAGUACCUGAAAUACAGUGGCUGAUCCAGCUUUUAGAGGCUCUUUGGAACCCAGAAGUGUGUUAUUUUUGUCCUAACUGUAUGCAAAAGAUGUGGUUGGCUGCCUGUGUCGACUUUCCCUAAACAUGAAUCAGUGAGUGGAUACCACAGGAUGUCAGAAAUGUUGACAUCAUAAGAGUAAUAUGAACACUGACUAAGGUCAUUUUUUGGUAUCUCCAUGGCAAAGAUCUUAACCAGAAUUCUCUUCAUUUAGCUGCUAAAAAAUGCGAUGAAUUGGGCACUUUUUUCAGAGUUGUUUAAAACUUAUUUCAGAAGAUGUGAUUUUUUUUUUAAUGCUUUUCAGAAAAAUGAAAAUUAGGGAAGAAGCAUUUUCCCAUGCUGCACCAGAAACUUUACAAAGGCAUUGGCCAUCAAUAACUGGAACCUCAUUGCUUUAUUUAGCAAGUUCUCCAGCAGACUGAGACAUGACUGGUUGUGUCAGGUGACAGUGCGCAGGGCCAGAUAGCACUCUAAGACAGGUAAGCUUAGGGAACUUGAGUCUUUCCCAUCCUCUCUGCAGGAGGAUGCAGGGUGCCCCCUACGAGAUGUCAGGGACCAUCACUCACACAGGAAACCUAUGUGUCAUAGGCCUUGCAGGUAGGUGUCAAGGGCUCAGCGAUAGAGAAGGCUCUGUUCCUGAUAGCUUUGAGGUGGUUGUGUCACAGCCCUGCAGAUACCUAGAAACACACCUGGAGGCUAUUGGCACAAACACCUCCCUUCACCCCCACGUACAGUAUGAGAUUUCCCUCCAUUCUUCAGUCCUUUGCUCACCAACAGCAGAAGUUCACAGGACAACAUGGGGGCCCAUGUGGCAUCAGACUAAACCACAAUUCUACACAGCCAUCAUAUUUAGCCUCUCUUUGGCUUUCAUACUUGGACUUACCACAGCUACUUUAUAGCUUCUGUGUAGUUUCUUCAUUGUUGCCUGGGGGAACUUCAUCGUGAGUCAGCCAGUUUCAACUUCUGAAAAACAAGAGAUAUUGCGGAAGAGAACAUAAUCACCGUCUCUAUGAAAUACAUUAAGGAUUUCCCUUGGUGAGCCACAGUGGUGGUUGAAUAUAAGAUUGCUGGUGUGUUUAAAAGAAAAACAUGACUGAAAGCAGGGUGGCCAGCUCCAGGAACCCAUCCCAACACUGACUCUGUUCCUUUUUUUUGGGGGGGGGGGGUCCGGUCGUGGGGCCUGA